AGUGUCAAAUGCAUUUGUAUUGUGGUCCAGAUUUCGGAUAUUUUCUAUUUAGUGCUUUGCAUUGUUUGCUAUCCUGUUUCCACUCAAAGAAAAUGGGAUCGCUCUUAUUGCUUCUUAGCGAUUUUUUGUAAUGAAUCGUAUUCUAAUUCCGAUAUGCAUAAAAAUAUAAUAAAAAUGAGGAUGUGCAUCGGUUGUUUGUGUUUUUAAUAAUAAAAAGUCCAUAAAAAGUGAAUGAAAAUGUCUAUACCGCCUAUAAACUACAGUAUUCCUCCGCCACGGUUGGACAUUCCUCCGCCGGUUCCGAUGCAGCCGCCGCAAAUGUUUAGCCAUCCGCCACCGUUCAUGCCGCCACCGCUGCCUGCUAUCGAUCAGCCGCCGCCGCCACCCCCACCACCAUACGGCACCAUGGCAACGUUUCCUCCAAUGAGCGUACCUCCACCUACCGGACCUUAUUCUAUGAUGCCCUUGGACAUGCACUCACAACCACCGCCUUACUAUGCACAUAGUUAUUCUGAAAUGAACUACAGUGACAGUCAUAUGAGGCAGGCAGCAAGCAGCUCUAGAGACUGGUCUGAUCCACUUUCAAGUUUUAGUUCUGUGAAAAGCAAAUUACCAGUAUCUCACAGUGACAGAGAUAUAAGAGGAAGCAGAGAUUCUCAUGACAGACAUUACCGUAGUUCAACAUCUCAUAGAAGUUAUUCACCCGGUCGUGAUAGAAGCUAUGACAGGGAUGGUGAAAGGGACAGGGAACGAGAAAUGAGAUACCGUGAACGUAGAUACAGCCGCAGUCCAAGUCGUCAUAGUCACAGGAGUCGGAGUCCAUCACACUCAAGCCAAAGAGAUAGAGAACGAUCUUACAGGCAAAGAUUUGAUGAAAGAAGAGAGUAUGAGAGAAAAAGAUGUGAAUAUGAAAGACGUCAUAGUCCUUCCCGCAGCAGAGACCAUAGGAGUCACAGUCGGGCUUAUGAUCCCCGUGACAGUAGAAGGCUGAGGUCUCCUAGUAGACGUAGCAAUCUGUCACCUAGCCGUGAGUCGCGUCUUCACAGUCGGUCACGGGAGCUGUCACAUUCAUCAAGAAAUGAGCCUGCAAAACCGAUGACAGAUCGUGAGAAAAUUUUGGAACAAUACAGGAAAAACUAUUGCAAGACUUCUGAGGACUUCAUAGAGAAAAUGGAGCAGUGGUCAAAAGAACACAAUUCAGAUGAAGAAGAGGCAUCAAAAAUGUGGUACCGAAGUUCACCAGCGGAGUUAUACUACAAGCAAGUUGAAGAUGGUCCAGGAGUCCAACAGACCAGUAAGCUGGAGAAGAUCUGUGAGACUUUCAUGAAACAGCUCAUUGAAAGAGGCCGGAAUGCUAGGCCUGAGGUCGAUGAACUGCCACCUUUGAAGCCUUCCAAAGUAGCAAUGUGCAAACAUAGAUCUGUGGAUGGAAGUUCUUCAUCUGAGAGUGAGGAUGAGUGCUUGGACGAAGACUGCCUGCAAGGUUACACGGAUAGAAUAAUGAUGGAGUUGCAGAGGAAACAAAGCCAUCCUAGAAGACUCCACCCUGAGAUGUGGUUUAACAACACCGGCGAAAUGAAUAGCGGUCCGCUCUGCCGCUGUAGCGCUAGAGCUCGGCGCUUCGGUAUGCGACACGGCGUGUAUGCGUGCGAGGAGGCCUUUCCUAAAUGUGUGCCGACGCAGAGCAAUAUUGACAAGCUGUACCAUUACAGAAUAACAGUUUCACCGCCAACGAACUUCUUAAUAAAAUCACCAACGAUAAUAGCGCACGAUGAACACGAGUUCCUAUUCUCUGGUUUCUCAAUGUUCUCUCAUUACAAGCUAGCUAAGCUCCCGACAUGCAAAGUUAUACGGUUCAAUAUCGAGUACACCAUUCUGUAUGUGGAAGAGCCACCGCCUCAGAACUUUACUAUCAAGGAGUUGGAUUUGUUUGAGGAAUUCUUAUUCUACGAGUUACUGGAGCUCAUAGAUUUGGACCUGGGCAAAGGCACGGACACAACAUGUUCACAGUUCCACUUCAUGCCAAGAUUCGUACGAUAUUUACCCGAGGGAGGAUGUGAGGUGCUGUCAAUGUGUGAAGUUCUCAAGUACUUAAUAGAAGAGAGUGGACUGCUGAUUGCACCGGACAAGUUGGAAGAUGUUCAUAAUAUGGAUCAUUAUACUUGGCAGAAGUUUGUUGAUAGAAUUAAAGGUAUGAUAGUGACAUACCCUGGCAAGAAACCAUGUUCGGUGCGAGUAGACCAAAUAGACCGAAGUCCGCCCACUUCGAGCGACGAACCAGGUUGUUCUACCGACAAGAAGUCUUACUACCCAGAGAUUGUUCACUUUGGUAUUCGACCUCCGCAAUUCAGUUAUGCUGGCAACCCUGAGUACCAAAAAGCGUGGCGUUACUACGUAAAGUACAGGCAUUUGAUCGCGAACAUGGCCAAGCCAUCGUUCAAGGAGCGACAGAAGCUUGCCGCUAAAGAGGCCAAACUGCAGGAAAUGAGGACGCAGAGUAAGAUGAAGAGGGAUGUUACCGUUGCUAUAUCGUCUGAAGGGUUCCAUACGACUGGACUCAUGUGUGAUGUAGUACAGCACGCCAUGUUAAUCCCAGUCCUAGUAAGACAUCUUCGUUUCCACAAAUCUUUGGACAGUCUCGAAAGAAAGAUAGGUUACGUGUUCAAACAAAGAGCAUUGUUACAAACAGCCUUAACUCAUCCCUCGUACAGAGAGAACUUCGGAACUAAUCCUGAUCAUGCACGAAACAGUCUUACCAACUGCGGGAUUAGGCAACCUGAGUAUGGAGACAGGAGGAUACAUUAUACUAGGAAGAAAGGUAUCGUGACCCUAAUAAAUAUAAUGUCCCGUUUCGGCAAACUUCGCGAAACGGAAUCGGAUAUAAAGCACAAUGAACGACUAGAGUUCUUAGGCGACGCUGUAGUUGAGUUCCUCUCGUCUAUACACCUGUUCCGAAUGUUUCCGGGACUGGCUGAAGGAGGGUUAGCUACAUACAGGGCUUCUAUUGUCCAGAACCAGCAUUUAGCUCAACUGGCCAAGAACAUAGAGCUAGAGCAGUACAUGUUGUACGCCACUCACGGGACAGACCUGUGUCGCGACGUGGUGAUGAGACACGCGAUGGCCAACUGCUUCGAAGCACUCAUGGGAUCACUGUUCUUGGAUGCCGGGAUAGAGGUGGCAGACCGUGUAUUCGCCCUAGCCCUUUGGCAUAAUGAACCAGAUUUGCUCGAAGUAUGGGUGAAGGACAGAGCGCAUCCCUUGCAAGAACAAGAACCACUCGGAGAUAGGAAAUAUAUCAAGGACUUCGAGUUCCUACAAAGGCUCGUUAAUUUCGAAAAUUCUAUAGGUGUCACAUUCAAGCACAUUCGUCUCCUAGCCCGAGCGUUCACGGACCGUUCAGUGGGCUUCACGCACCUGACGCUAGGCUCCAACCAACGCUUGGAGUUCCUCGGCGACACAGUGCUACAGCUGGUAGUGUCUGACAGACUGUACCGACACUUCCCUGACCAUCAUGAGGGACAUUUGUCUCUACUCCGUUCAUCUCUAGUCAACAACCGGACACAAGCGAUGGUGUGCGAUGAUCUCGAUAUGUCAUCGUACGCGAUAUACAACAACCCUAAAGCUAAGCCUACCGCUAAGAAACAUAAGGCUGAUUUGCUUGAGGCUUUCCUUGGCGCAUUGUAUAUUGAUAAAAACUUAGACUACUGCCAAGCGUUCUGCAACGCGUGCCUAUUCCCGCGCCUGCAGGAGUUCAUCAUGAACCAGGACUGGAACGACCCCAAGUCUAAGCUGCAACAGUGCUGCCUCACUCUGCGGUCCAUGGAGGGAGGGGAGCCUGAUAUACCGGUUUAUAAGGUGAUCGAGUGCUUGGGCCCGACGAACACGCGCGUGUACACGGUCGGCGUGUACUUCCGCGGCGCCCGCCUGGCCGCCGCCCGCGGACACUCCAUACAGGAGGCCGAGAUGAACGCCGCAGAGAAAGCUCUCAGCUGUGCACAUGAAUUAUUCCCACAACUGGACCACCAAAAACGAGUGAUAGCAAAGAGCAUGCGCAAAAAGAAGAAACGCGCGGACGGGCGUAACAGUCCCCAGGGCUCCGGGAACAACCCCAAACGCAAACAAAUUAACGACAAAGUACCCAAGGCAUACAGACUUGACAAGCAAAACGACCAUUCUGAAGAAAGUGCUCAAGAAUUAUCAGACGAGGAAGUUGUUCCUCCUGAGAAAUCUAACGACGAUUCAGGAUUAGACAGUGAUACCUCUCAACCAACGGAGAAACUCGAAAAUGUUCAAGUAAGCAGCCUUCUUAGCGAUAUGCAGAAAUUAAAGGAUGACCUUAUUAGGCGGAAUGAGUAUGAAAAGUUGAAGGAAAAAUGUCGGCGAUCCGACGACGAUGACGAAUAGUGAAAUUAGAUUGUAAGUUAUAGUUUUUAGAUUUAGGACUAAUUUUCACUCUUUCCAGUGCUUAAGAUUUAUAUAUUUUUGUCUCUAUAAAAUAAAGCUUUAUAGUGAUGUAGGG